CUUCCGCCAGGGCCGGGCUUCCGGGUGAUCAGGUGACGGCGGCCGCUGGCAGAGGAGCGGCUCCGCGGCUCGGGGCUGCUGCGGGGGAGCAGCGAGACCCGCCGGUCUUUGGGCCCAGUCAGCCUAUGAAGAAAUAAUUAGGAGAGGAUCCCAGUACAGCCUAAGGAAUGGCCUGCUUCCGGGACAGUAGAUUCAUUAUGAUCUAUGUUCAUUAUGCCUAUUAUGAUUCUUCUGUCUCAGCCAUCUGUAUUCCACUACAUUACUAUAUUCCUAUGGAUUUCUCUAUCAUCUGUCUUCAAAACUUAAUGAUUUAUUAAUAUUUUUUUAAAGUUACUAAAAGACAAGGAAUUUAUAAGUAGAAGUUUGUGAAGGUACAGAUUUUAUCUUUGUUGAUGAGUCUCCACAUUUCUGGUGUUAAAUACAUGGAAUUUAAUUAGGAAAAAAGGCCUUCUUUCCACAUUGGUUUUAAGGACAGAAAUUCAUUCAUUUGCCUCUUUUAUAUACUUCUCUUGCAUUAAUGUCAAGAUACAAAAGCCAGACAUUUCUUGUGCCCAUUCUAUAAGAAGAUGCUAGGGUUUUUUUACAAUGUGUUGAACUCCUGAGUUUCAAUUUUGAUAUUAAUUCCCAGCAAAUAUACAUAGGUCCAAGUUGGUAAGUUUUCAAGCAUUAAACUACUAAGCAAGACAGGCUGAAGAUUCUGGUAGUAAGGAUGUGUGAAAAUUCCAAGUCUCUUUAGCUUAUAGUUUGUGGGUUGGCAGCACUCCCAUCUGCCUUGAACUAACAUGAGGUGUAAUUUUAUACAAUGAACUGCUACUGGGUAUAAAAUAAGUCACACUGUGAAAUGCUAAGAGCAAUGUGUGUACAGCAUCUGUGAAUACAAAGUCACCCUUCUGGGACACUGUGCAAAAUGAUGUAACUGAGUGAAAAAGCUCUGCAAAAAUACAUUUCACUGUUGUUGUUGAGCAUCUCCGCUGCAAUACCGUAAUGAGGCUCGAGUAUGAUUCUUUUUCUUGACCACACAGUGGGAUUGUACUGUAUGAAACAAGCUGUUGACACUAAUAGCUAGAGUUGCUGAGGUUUUAUUUUGCUGCCCUGCACCUGUGCUUCAGCACUGCUACAAAGAGGGGACACUAAGGAAAGCCUUUAAUGCUUUGGGGGUAAGUUUGCCAAGAAAUUCGCUUCUGAAAAAUUCAGGUCACCCUUUUAAAAUGCUUAACUGUUUGUGUGCUUGCUAAAAGUUGAGAUAAUCACCGUUUCUUUCUUUCAACCUUAUCUAAGUAUUCAUAUCCCUGCAGCAGCAACGUGAUGUCAGGUUCAUGAAAUGCACAGUGGAGUAUUCUAAUCUGUUUUGGUGAAUUAACUUCUGAAACUACUGAAACCUCUUAGUUCCUGGAUUAAAAAUCUUGUACUGGUAAAAGUAUUCGUUUCUGGAAGUGGAAAUGCCUUGGGCUGAGCCUCAGAGGUUUAGGUACUGUGGAGUUUGCAUUUCAAGGAAUUAGAGUGUGGAGGUUGUUCUUUGAUAAAGAUGAUGAUGUUAGUGAGAACCCAAAGCAUGUAAGUAAAAUUAAAGCACACUUAAGUAAAUUUUUACUACUUCUGAAUUACUUCCAGAUUAGAAAUGUUUGAUAGUCAUAUCAACACACUGCUGUGAUAGCAGCUGUAUACUGCUGAUGAGACAAAUCAUGUACUAGGCCACCUUUGCUUGCCAUUAUUAUCACUGUUAUUCCAGAUUAAUGAACAUUGAACUUAAAACUGCUUGAAGUCAGUCUGUCCAGAUUGUGAAUGGCUUUAUGAUUAAAUCCUGUUUCAGACUGCAUCCUCCUUUGUGACUGGCAUUGAAUUUUUGGAGGAGUUAUGACCACAUGAGCUCAUUUAUGAGAAAACACAAUGGGUUUGUUUUGUCUGUGGAUCUCAGUUGCUUAUCAGUAACUUUAAAACAGAGGUCACGUAUCAGCCAGGUCAUACUACAGGGCUUUAAAGUAGCUUAGUUUGUCAAAAUACGUCUCUCUUGGCUAUGUUAAACUAAGCCCAUCAACAACAGGCUUCAAGUGCUUCUUAGAUAAAUCACUCCCAGUUUGGAACAGGAUGAGAAUGCAAUGUUAUAAUCAAGAAGUUGUUUGGUUGUUGGGUUUUUUUUCAGCCCCUUCCUACUGCUUGGAUUCCAGCAGGAGAAUUUUCUUGACCUUGUGUCUGGGUAGUUCUUGAAGAUGGCCAGCAAAGGACCCACGACUUCUACAUCAACAAAGAGCUCCAGUACUGGAGGGACCAGUGGCAGCAGUAGCAGUAAUGGUGCUGGGGACAGUACUAAUCAGGACAACACUUUUGAGUGUAACAUCUGUUUAGACACUGCCAAGGAUGCAGUUAUCAGCUUGUGUGGACAUCUCUUCUGUUGGCCUUGUUUACACCAGUGGCUAGAGACCAGGCCAAACAGACAAGUGUGUCCUGUAUGCAAAGCAGGAAUCAGUCGAGAUAAAGUUAUUCCUCUGUAUGGAAGGGGUAGCACUGGGCAGCAGGACCCCAGAGAGAAAACUCCGCCACGACCCCAAGGACAGAGACCGGAACCAGAGAACAGAGGGAUGACUUUAUCUGCCACCUUAAUUAGAGUGCCCCCGGGAUUCCAGGGCUUUGGCUUUGGCGAUGGUGGCUUCCAAAUGUCAUUCGGAAUUGGGGCGUUUCCCUUUGGUAUAUUUGCAACAGCAUUCAAUAUAAACGAUGGGCGACCUCCUCCAGCUGUUCCAGGGACUCCUCAAUAUGUGGAUGAGCAGUUCCUAUCCCGCCUCUUCCUGUUUGUGGCUCUGGUGAUAAUGUUCUGGCUGUUGAUUGCGUAAUUUUUUUUCAUUAUUCUAUAUAUUCAUGGCCAACAAGGCACCUGAAACAGUUACAAACUGCAUCCCCAUCCCAUUUUAAAUCUCUUGGUGUCUGGUUCCAUAGCUAACUGUGGGCUUCAGGAAUUGGUGGUACUACAGGACAAUGAGGAAUCCCGCAUUUUGCACCAGAGUUGGAAAUUAAACAUUAAAAAGCAUAUUUCAGCUCAGCUGUUGUGUACAACAGGUAACUGCCACAAACCACGGGCCUAGCUUUGAGCUCCACUCCUAAAAGGAGUGCUGCUUUGAAAUCCUGUGCCAAUCAGUGACACCAGGUUUAUGUGAAAGACAGUUGCCUCAGAGGUAGACUGGGCAGGUAAGGAAACCUCUGCAGUGUGACCAGUAUCUCAUGCUUGGAUCUGCCUGAGCUGUGGAUGUUAUUUAAUGUCUUCACAUCAACAUCCAGCCUUCUUCAGGAAAUCAUCUGCAGCACUGCUAAGACUCUUUGGGCACAGCACGUGAUGCAAAUAGAACCAGGCCUGGAACCUGGUUUCUUUGCUUGCUGUUAUUUCCCAGUGUGAUGGGAAACCCCUCCUGAAGAGGUUCUGAUGGCUGUUAGAAGGGAUACAAAUUUAUGCUGCAAUUUCUUAAAGCCUGAAUUUGCUGGAGCCAGACACUGGAAGAUUCUCUCAUCGUGGAGCUGGGUGGGGUUGCAGAACAGUCCAAGGAACUGCCUCACCCAGCCCAGUUCCUCACUGACAAAACAGUGUUGUCUUCCUUGGUUCUGCGCAGCAGCCUGUGGCUGCACUGCUGGAUGAUCCCCUCACAACCCUGUCACUGUAACUACGUUUAUUCUUCCCAAGUCUUUGAGACUUUCUGCUCAAGGUUGUGUACUCCAAAUAAAAUCCUAUUACAGAUCUGA